GGGAAUGUUGUUUGCCAUUUCUUCACAAAUUCCAAAUAAUUCAGGGAAAUUUGAAAUUUAUGCAUAACGGGUAAGCGCUAUGGCGCUGGCGGUUGCAGUUGCGGUUGGUGGUGUGGCUGUUGGGUGGUACUGGGUGGUACUGGGCAUACUCUGGGCAUACUCAAGGCAGCAAACAGUGUGUUGCGGCGGCAAAAGAGUGCAAAAAGAUUACUGUGCUAAGAGGAGUGAAGAAGAGAUGCCCGGCUAGCUCAUGGUGAAAGAGCGUUUAUUUGUAUCUUAGAUGGAGGUCCUAAAGGAAAAGCCGCCAAAUGCUGCUAAGAUAAUAAAGAGGUAAUUUAAAGAGAGAAAUCCAUGCACUUGUGGUGAUCACACCACAGUCACUCAAAGCCAAUGCUUAUGCGACUCAGCCGAUCACAGAUGAUGAGACUGAUUCAUCACCCUAGGCGAGGCCACAUAGUUAAGGCUAUAAAAUAGACACCGGAUCACUCCAGGAGUGACCCGGGAGGAAUCAUCUCUUCUUGUUUAAUAAUAUCAACUGUCC